AAAGAAAGCCAGUCAACUUCCGACUUCCUUUUCCUCUUGAAGAGCAAGCUAAAGCUACUGCUGCAAUGGCAAAGCUAAUUUUGUUUUGCCUGAAAUGUAUUAUGUUAUACGGCACUAUCGAGGCUGUGUUUGAGGAUCAAGUAGGAAAAUUUGACUGGAGGCAGCAAUAUGUUGGCAAGGUUCGCUUUUCCCAUUUCGACACACAUGUGCAGUCAUCCAAAAAGGUGCUUCUGGCAACAGAGAAUAAUGUUUUUGCUGCACUCAAUACCAGGACUGGAGAACUCUUCUGGCGACAUGUGGAUAAGACUGGACCAGAGGGAAACAUUGAUGCUCUUCUGCAACAUGGACAAGAUGCGGUGCUGGUGGUUGGUAAUGGCCGCCUGCUGCGCUCCUGGGAGACAAAUGUUGGUGGUUUGAACUGGGAGAUUGUGCUUGACUCUGGCAGUUUCCAGUCAGCAUGUUUAGUUGGACAGCAAGACACUGUGAAACACGUGGCUGUUUUGAAGAAAACUGUCAUCUCUCUCCAUUACCUUUCUAAUGGUCAUCAAAAAUGGAUAGAGAAUCUACCAGAAAGUGAAACCGUAGAUUACCAGGCUGUGUAUUCUGGCGGAAAUGGUGAAGUGUACGCACUGGGAGUUGUUCCCCAUUCCCACAUUGCUAUUGUUGCUUACAGUGUGGAGGACGGAGAGAUAAUCAAACAGAUCUCCGUCGAAGCUCCGUGGCUUUCCAACAUACAGGCCAGCUGUGUAAUGAUCGGCCAGGGGAUGUUGACGUGCGUGGACUCUGCAACUGUAUCCCUGUACAUGCUUGACUUGCACGUGCAGUUACAGAUGACCCAGAUCCCCUUGCAGUCCCUGGGACUUGAAGUUGCCCCCGGCUUCCAUCCAGUACUGGUGUCCACCCAGCCCAACCCAGCCCGGCAGCCGCUGUCAGAGUUCUUCCUUCAGCUCGGGCCUGAACACUACCUUCUCCUCCAACUCAACAAUGGGCAGAUAGUUACACUGAGGGAUUUCAAGCCUGCCAUGCUGGUUUCAUUUGCGACCACCGGAGAGAAGACUGUUGCUGCUGUCAUGUCUCCCAAGAACAAAACUGCUUCCAGUCUUAACCUCUUUAGUGCAGAAACUGGACGCAGACUUCUAGACACAACACUGAUUUUCAAUAUGGAUCCUAAUGGUGGGAAACCAGAGAAGCUGUAUGUACAAGCAUUCCUCAAGAAAGAUGAUUCUGUUGGCUACAGGGUCAUGGUGCAGACAGAAGACCACACACUCACUUUCAUACAACAACCAGGGCGUGUAAUGUGGACAAGAGAGGAGGCCCUGUCAGAUGUGGUGACAAUGGAAAUGGUGGAUCUGCCUCUCACAGGAACGCAGGCAGAGCUGGAGGGAGAGUUUGGCAAAAAGGCUGCCAUUCAAGACGGCCUGAUGUCCAUGGUGCUGAAGAGGCUCUCCUCUCAGCUCAUCUUGCUGCAGGCCUGGAUCUCCCACCUCUGGAAGUUGUUCUACGAUGCACGGAAGCCUCGCAGUCACGUUAAAAAUGAUGUGACCAUUGAGAACCUCUCCAGAGAUGAGUUCAACUUGCAGAAGAUGAUGGUUAUGGUUACUGCAUCUGGGAAGCUCUAUGGGAUUGACAGCAAGACCGGCAGUAUUUUAUGGAGGCACUACCUGGACAACAUCCCAUCUAAUGCAGCCUUCAAACUAAUGGUGCAACGGACCACUGCACACUUCCCUCAUCCGCCACAGUGCACACUGCUCAUCAAAGACAAGGACUCAGGCCUGGCCACACUCCAUGUAUUUAAUCCCAUCUUUGGAAAGAAGAGUCACAUCACCCCACCUGCUCUCCCUCAGCCAAUACUUCAGUCACUCAUGCUGCCUCUCAUGGACCAGGAUUAUGCUAAAGUCUUACUUCUUGUUGAUGACCAGUACAAGGUGUCUGCUUUUCCCUCUACAAAGAAUGUACUACAGCAGCUCCAGGAGAUGGCCUCAUCCAUAUUCUUUUAUCUUGUUGACUCCAGCCAGGGAAGACUUUCUGGCUACAGGCUACGAAUGGACUUGUCGACCGAGCUGAUCUGGGAGGUCGUCAUCCCGACCGAGGUACAGAGGAUUGUCUCGGUGAAAGGGAAAAGGCCUAAUGAGCAUGUUCACUCCCAGGGCAGAGUAAUGGGAGACCGUAGUGUCCUCUAUAAGUACCUGAACCCCAAUCUACUGGCUGUGGUGACUGAGAGCACAGACUUGCAUCAGGAGCGAAGCUUUGUCGGCAUCCUUCUGAUUGAUGGCGUGACUGGUCGCAUCAUCCACGAGGCUGUUCAGAGAAAGGCCAGAGGACCGGUGCAUGUUGUGCACUCUGAAAACUGGGUGGUGUACGAAUACUGGAGCACCAAGUCUCGCAGGAACGAGUUCUCUGUAAUUGAACUGUAUGAAGGGAUGGAGCUCUACAACAGCACUGUGUUCAGCUCACUGGAUCGGCCACAUGCUCCUCAGGUGCUUCAGCAGUCUUACAUUUUCCCCUCGUCCAUUUCUACCCUGGAGGCCACACUAACUGAGAAAGGCAUCACCAGCCGCCAUCUGCUCAUUGGCUUGCCAUCAGGAGGGAUUUUAUCAUUACCCAAGAUGUUCCUUGACCCUCGGAGGCCAGAAAUAGUGACUGAGCAAAGCCGUGAAGAGAACCUGAUACCCUACGCACCAGAGUUGCUGAUCCGUACAGAGUGGUUUAUCAACUACAAUCAGACUGUAUCAAGAGUGCGAGGAAUUUACACUGCCCCGUCUGGACUGGAGUCAACCUGCCUGGUGGUGGCAUAUGGUCUCGACAUCUACCAGACACGUGUCUAUCCCUCAAAGCAGUUUGACGUACUAAAAGACGACUACGACUACAUGCUGAUCAGUAGCGUACUCUUUGCCCUUUUCUUUGCUACCAUGAUCAGCAAACGCCUGGCAGAAGUGAAACUGCUCAACCGGGCCUGGCGGUAAAGUGAUCUGUCAGAGAUCCCAUCUCUGACAGCCCUGAGGCUGCACGAAGGACCUCAGCCCGAGGAGAUGAGACGGCUGAGGCCGUGCCUGUAAAAGACCACAGGUCAAAGUUCAAUAGGGCCUAUAAGGAACUGCAGGGGUGAGGGGACAGCGGGGUGGGGGUGAAAAGAGGGGGGUUAGUAAAGGUUUUAUGUGUUUAUUUUUUAACUUAUUUUGCAAGCACAAGGAAUUAUUUCAUAGUAGAAUAACUGUUUUUUGUGCCAUGUCAUUUUGAUUAGAUGUUUAAUACAUAAGUGAUUACAAAUGAAUGCAACAGACUUGGAUUUAAUAAAUUGUGAGUUUGGAAAUUCCGACACAUGUGAACGUUAGAUGCUAACAAUGUUAGUUUUUUCCAAGAUUACGUUGUGACAAUUUCAUUAGACUGUUCUAAUGGCGAGUGAUAAUAAAUGUGGCGUUCAGAGAAAAGAGAGACAGAAGACAAUGGCAACACAUGUGAGCAUGAUUUGGUACAAUACCAUAGUUGUAUGGUUUGUACUUUUAGCAUGCUGAAUCACCGUGACACCCUAAUACCCAAAAUUUAGUUUGAUGGCAAAUGAUCUGUGAUCAUGAAGUGUGAGGAGAUAAUGUAGCAUGGACAAGAAAUGGCUAUUUGUGCUUUCCUGAAGACUAUCCCACCAAAGGCGCUGUCACAUUAUCGUCACCAUAACACACUUGACAAAGGAAAUGACCAUCCGUAGCCUUUAUUUUAUGUACCUCAAUCAUCCUGCACUUCAUGCGUUUGUCAGCAUUUUUGAUCUACCGUCAGCUACUGUUGAUGCUCCAUUAAAAUUUGUCUCAGAA